GGUAGGUGGUAACUCUAAUCUCAUCUGCAAAAUUUUAACAUUCAUUCUACUUGUUAAGCUAAGAAAUAACAAAAGCCAAAUUCAUAGUUUCCUCUUUAUUCUUAUGAGAUCUCAUAAAAAGAAGUUUAAGUAAAUUUUCAUAAUUGGGGCCAUUAUUGGGAAACUAUAUAUGGAGCAUGUAUUGGAUUAACAUAAACAAUUGAUGGUUAAAUUACAUGGAUUCAUCUUGGCGCCUGAGGAACGAUCUUAAAGCAGAAAUAAAUUGAAGGGAAGAGCGGGCAGCAUAAGAAAAGAUGCACGGGCACGCGCGGUCAGGUUCAAAUGUCGGAAGGCGGCCUCAGAAUGCAAAGGCGGCGGCACAGAGGCUGGCACAGGUAAUGGCAUGUCAACAAGCGGAUGACGAUGAUGAGGAAGACGAGCUGUAUGAGUACAACCCUGUCGCUCCCUCAACUGCUAUUAGCCUUGCUGGUGGAAGGCCCAAUAGAAGUACUCGUACUCCUCUGUCAGUUCGUACAUCGAUAGAACCACAGGCAUCGACUACACGUCCGGCAUCACAAGGAAUUCGACCAUCUACCUCGACCGACUCUUUCAAUCAACAGCCCUUGCAAAAGACAGUUCGUACAUCCUUAGAGGCAAAUGCAUCAGCUACACGACCAGCAUCAAUUUGUACAUCCGUAGAACCAGUGACUACAUGUCCAGGAUCAGUACAAGGAAUCCGACCAUCUUCAUCUUCGGAGUCUUUGGACCAGCAGCCUUUGUCAGCUCGUUCAACGACGCCUAUCCGAAUUUCUCUCCCUGUCCCGAGUAAGAUGACUUUUCCAUCUAAGAACACUUUGGAACAACCACCAUCUGCUCGUGCACCGACUACACCUUUGGCUGCCAAUCAAUCAAGUGCCCACGAACAGCCUCUAUCUGCUCGUUCUCUUGCACCUAACCGCUCCGGUCACUUUGCUGUCAAGCCCCUUCCUGUUGUACCUUCUAAUAUGCCUCUCUCACUCAGGCCAAUUCCUGCAAUGGAGGCUCAGCCUGAAGCUCGUAAAGAUAAAAGGUUAUCAGUAGAUUUUGGUACUUUCAAGUACAAAGAACCUCCCAUUCAGCCAUCUUCUUCUGCUCUACAAGAUGAGGUUGACAUGCUUCAAGAAGAGAAUGAAAGUUUACUAGAAAAGCUUCGACUUGCAGAAGAGCGUUGCGAAGAAGCUGAGGCACGGGCUAGACAGCUAGAGCAGCAGGUUGCUAGUCUUGGGGAAGGUGUGUCAAUGGAGGCUCGUCUUUUAAGCAGGAAAGAAGCAGCUCUACAACAAAGGGAGGCUGCUCUAAAAGUUGCAGCACAAAAUUAUGGUGGAAAGGGUGACGAGCUUGCUGCUCUUCGGACAGAAGCUGAGUCCCUGCGAACUAUGACCCGAAGAAUGAUACUGAAUCAAGAGGAGAUGGAAGAGGUUGUUCUCAAGAGGUGUUGGCUCGCACGCUAUUGGAGUUUAUGCGUCCGUUAUGGUAUUCACACAGACAUAGCUGGAGCUAAACAAGAAUACUGGUCAUCCCUUGCCCCUUUAUCAUUGGAAGUGGUGUUGGAGGCAGGACAAAAAGCUAAAGAUAAGAAAUUACUUUACAACGAUCCAGAUGAAAGAGAAACACUUCCGCCUGAUUUGAAUGAACUUUUAGGAGAUGGGAAUGUGGAGAGCAUGCUACUUGUGGAUAAAGGUCUUCGAGAACUGACAUCACUCAAGGUAGACGGAGCAAUAGCCCUAGCAAUGGCCCAACAAAGGAGCCCAACUGCACUGAGAACUACAGAUGACAUAAGGCUACCAAUUGAAGGCCAGAGCUUUUUAGAAGCAUACGAAUUGAGUCCAGAGGAGUCAGAAGAUGUGCAAUUUAAGCAGGCAUGGCUCACAUACUUUUGGAGAAGGGCCAAAAAUCAUGGAGUGGAGCCAGAUAUUGCAGAGGAGAGAUUGGAGUUUUGGAUCAACCAAGGUGGCCAACCUCUCACUUCACAUGAUGCUGUUCAUGUCGAGCGGGGCCUCAUAGAGCUCAAGAAAUUGGGGAUUGAAACCCAAUUAUGGAAAGAAAGUCGCCUAUCGGUAGAUCCAGAAAAUACCAAAAAAAUGCAAAAGGAAAAUGAGUUUUGACAAUGAGUUAUUUUUCUCUCUUACCCAUGGAUAACUUUAUCCUCUAAUCGUUUUUUUUUUUUUAGUUUAGGUAAUUGUUUAUUAUUAUGGGUUUUGAUAAUAUUUGCUACAAGAGUUCUUAUUAUUAUAUAUUUUUUAUAUAUAUAAGCGGCUAAGGGUGGACGAACAUUGCAACGGCCAGUUGUACAGAAUGCAACGUGAAUUGUACUAUAAUCGCGGGCCUUUCUCAUUGGUGAUUAAAUUUCUUUGACAUUUGCCAUCAUUAGGCUAUAACCACGUGUAUUGCUUCUGAAACACGUUUGCUUCAAAUAUAUCUCACCUUUCUAAUAAUUGCUGCUGCAACUUCAAAUUUCAAUUCCAAAAGUUCUCUAAUUUUCACACAAAUCAGUUCAUAUUUCAUGCCACUUUAGCUAAUUCAAACCCAAAAGAUCCUGCGAAAGGGCUCUAAAUCUAAUAUAUUGAUCGAAGACAAAAGUUCCGCUUAGGUUGCAGCUCAAGUGACUGAUUUUACCGGUAAACAAGUUCAUGUUAUUACCGAAUAUUGCAACAACAAAUUG